AUGAUGAAGUUGGAUUUUUGGGUGUUUGCCGUGAAGGAACUUGGAACUGUUGUUCGAGUAGGAAUUGUUGUUCGAGUAGGAGCUGUUGAUCGAGUAGGAGUUAUUGGUCGAGUAGGAGCUGUUGUUCGAGUAGGAACUGUUGGUCGAGUAGGAACUGUUGGUCGAGUAGGAACUGUUGGUCGAGUAGGAACUGUUGGUGGAGUAGGAACUGUUGGUCGAGUAGCAACUGUUGAUCGAGUAGCAACUGUUUGUCGAGUAGGAACUGUUGGUCGCGUAGCAACUGUUGGUCGAGUAGCAACUGUUGGUCGAGUAGCAACUGUUGGUCGAGUAGCAACUGUUGGUCGAGUAGGAGUUAUUGGUCGAGUAGGAACUUUUGUUCGACUAGGAGCUGGGAAAGCUAAUGAAUUAAAUAAACCAAUCAAAUCGUAA